CAAAAAUUCCCUCCAGACCAGAGCAACGGAAACAAAUCCUCCACCCGGCCUCUCCACCCCGGCAUCUCAAGCCAAAACCCUAAUUCGCCGGCGCCAUGGAGACGACGCCGGCGUUGGAGAGGAGACCCGCGCUCAUCCACCACAUCCUAUGUAUGCUGGGUGACGCUCCAAGCGCCAGGAUGGUGGCGGAUGAAGCCAAACCUACGGCGCUCGUGGCGGAACGAGAAAAGGAGGCGCCCCCGAUCUGGACAAAAUCCGUGACGUCGCAGGCGGUGAAGGCGGCGGCGGCGGCGGCGGCGGCGGCGGCGGAAGGGAGGAAGCUUUCAGCCGAGACCUCGGUUCGCUGUGAUGGGUUGCCCGAGGAAGAGGCUACUUGUGCGAGGUGCAGACCCUGGACGAGGAUGAAGAAUCCGCAUCCAGUGGAGGCCGCGGCGACCUCACAGCCGGCCAGGACAACGAAGAGUGCUACGGCUGCUCGUGUGGCGCCAAUAGGGAGCGGGGUACCCGUGGAGCCCCUCAUGACGAGGGCCAAGGCCUCGGCGAUGGUUCCACCAGCGGAGAGCAUACCGGUGGAGCCCCUCAUGACGAGGGCCAAGGCCUCGGCGAUGGUUCCACCAGCGGAGAGCAUACCGGUGGAGCCCCUCAUGACGAGGGCCAAGGCCUCGGCGAUGGUUCCACCAGCGGAGAGCAUACCCAUGGAGUCGGGAGGGGGCAGGCCGUCUCAACAGUCAUCUUCCAGUACUGAGAGGAUUCUUCAGAAGGGGCCUGCGCCAAGAGAGGAUCCCCAAUCUGAUCAGUUCAAGUCGUCUGCAGCUGUUGGCAUUCAGAAGGGUCUUUCAGCAUUGGAGGGUGUCACAGUAGCAACAUCAUCAGAAGAGGAUGGGAUAUCUGCUCAUAAUGUCUACAAUCAGUACCUUGAUCUCUACAUCUAUGGUUUCCCUGUAUCCUCUUUCUGGUUCGAUAUGUGGAUUGUGAAACCGCUCAUACUGCAUGACAGAGAGUUCAUUGGGCCACUGCAAUACCUCAAGAGUAGAGGGAGGAACGAAUGUCCUCCACUGGAUGGUACGCCCAAUUUCAGCCAUGAAGUGACAGCAGUACUCAAUUCGCAUCCUGGCCCCAUUGAGUAUUUCAGAUUGGAUUCCUCAGAGUGGUCUAGUGAUCAGCUACUGCAGUGGAUGAGAAUUCUCAGGAGCAAGUCAGUUAAUGAGGUCAUCGUAGUAAACAUUGCAUGCUCACCCAGGACAUCGUUUCCCGUUCUUGAAAUGCACAGUACUGAGAAAUUGUCAAUUGGAUUUUUUUCCAUCACUUCCAUCGAAGGUGUAUCCUUUCGUCUUUCGCUCAAAGUCCUCAGGCUUAUGUGCUGUAGUUUCACUGAGAGCUGUCUCUAUGAAGUAGUGAACUAUUGGCCUGUCUUGGAGGAGCUCCACAUCAGCUUUUCACUUGUGAACAUAAGAAUCUGUUCUAAUAGCUUGCGAAUCUUGCAAGCUACAUCUUGUGAGGCAUCAAGCCUGAUUAUUGAGUCUGCUCCACGGCUAAGUGUCCUUGUUGCAUCAAUUUCUCCAAAGAAGUCUCAUGUCUACCUUAAAAUUGAUGGGGGGAAUUCUUUGGAAGAGCUUCACUGGAUUAUGCUACCAUACCACCAAUUUUCAGAGACGGACAGCAUGUUCAAAAGCCUGAUCUUGCUCCAUAUUGGUAUCAACUUCUUCGAGAAGGCACAGAGAUGCAGACUGUCGAAAAUAUUAGAAUUUACCCCCAUGCUGGAAACUCUUAGAGUGAUGAGGAUGGAUGAGUUAGAGUUGAAUGAAUUAGCAGAGAUUGCAUCCGAUGCCUCAUUUGGUAACCUGAGGGAUACGUACUGUGUUAAGCACCAUCUUCGGUGCUUGCAGCUUGAGUCCUUUCUAGGUGGAGAUGCAGAAACAGAUCUUAUAAUUGCAGUAAUGAGAGGUGCUAAAUCCCUUCAGCGUGUCCUGUUGCUGCGGAGCACUAGCAGCUGCGCUGAAACCAUCUCAAAGGCGCUAGAUGAAAUGAAAGUGGUUAAGGCAAUAUCAGCAGAAUGUAGAAUUAUCUUGAAAAGGCCAGACAUGGGCAACUAAUUCAGAUGGUGAGUGGCAAAUGACACAUAUAGACUGGCAUGGAUAUGAUGGAUGUCAACUAGAUAAGAGCAUGCCAACUACUUUAGUUGGGAUGAAUGAACAUUCUGUUCUUGUUUUUCUUCCACUGAAACGACAUUUUGUCCUUGUUAGUCUUGCUGACAGGUCUUGCUCACGUCCACGUUCUGCAGACAAAAGUUCAAAUAUUCUGAAAUUCUACUGCUGAAUAGUACUUCAACAGUUUUGCUA